AUGCACAAUAUAAUAAAAAAAGGGUUAAAAAAAAAGUGAGAGCAUUUUUUUUAGUACAAUAAUUUUGUGAACGGGUCGUCGUCCUGCAUCGAAUCGCCACUGGCUAAAAUUGUCAUUGACCUAGAGCCUUUAUUGUGCACACGGGCCAAUUUCUUUUAUCCUCCCAACCAAAGGAAACAUUGUGUGAGAAAAAUAGCCUCGAACGAGGCAUAGUUUCAUUGUUCAGCAAAAGACUGUACAAUGAAACAGUCAAAAUUGUAAGCUCUAUCCGGUUGACGAUGUUUUAUGGCAGGCUGUUUUCAAACUUUGAUGGAUAGUUUCUGUAGCGUUUAUGAUCAUCGUUUCACAACGUAUCCACUCUAUCACUGAACCAGCGUUAACAAUAGUUUUAGUAUUUCAGUUUUCAUUGUGAUGAAAAAUAAACUUCAGGAUGAAUUAUUUCAUCAUCCUUGUGGCUCUGAUCCGGUUCACUGGAGUAGAAACCAAGGGUUGUUGUCACACAUCGCCUACCACCAGUCCCCCGUGCUCAGUUGGCUGAACACGGGUAGAAGUAGUCUCUCUUUAACCCUCAACACCGAAGGACUGGUUUCAAACAAGAUCCGACAGCGAAUCGACACGCACACACCGACCGUUUUGCAAAACGGAAUGGGUUUGACGUGGUGUCACUCAAAUAUAUUGGAAUAAAAUAGAGUAGAUAAACGAAGUUACUGGAACUUGACUUACUGCUUCAGAAUUCAACCACCAGUUGAAGUGUAUCAUUCUGCAAGGUAUCGGUCAUGUUAAACCUCUGCGGUGAAACAAGGCGGCUUCGUAGGCUUCAUAAUUGAAUCGUCGUGCCAACACGGAAGAGCAAAUGAGACAACAGUUUUCCAAUUGUAAAGUCCGGGUUUGACAAACCUUCACCAUGAAUGUUCCACUUGACGAUUCCUACGGCAAACAGAAAGCCAGACGGGCACGAAUUCUGAAUAGUUACCUGGAAGUAGCUGAUCAACUGCCUGAUCAACUGCCCGGUCAGCGAGCAUGGGACACGGACCAAGGGAGUGAGGAGUGGGACGAGGUCCUAGACCGUGGGGACGGCGCUCUCCCGACCUGCUGCACGCGCGAAGCGACCCGCUACUGCAGCGUCGACGAAGGCACACUCCCGUUCAAGCUCCUCUACAUAUUCUUCCGUGGUGGUAUCGCGUGCAUCUCGCCGUACCUAACCGUGUUCAUGAGCUUCAUGUCUCUACCACCCUCCACCAUCGGCAUCCUCCUAGCCAUCCCGAGCCUGUUCAUCGCGCUCCUGACCCCCGUCUGUGGCGUCCUCGCAGACCGCUUCAACGCCCGUAAAGCAAUCCUCCUCAUCUUCUUAUCAAUUUGGAUUCUAUGCAUAUUAUGUGUUAACUUCCUCCAGCCACCAGAGCAGACGCCCUGCACGGCGAUCGCUGAUAAACUCCAAGACGUCUCGCGACAUCCCAAAACAGGACCCCAAGAGCAGUUCAAUAAGUGUUUGAAUACUUCCAUAGAUAUGGAUUCUCACCCCACCCGCUACAAACAAGCCACCACGAGUUUGCUGCAACUCCCCAACCCCAUAUCAGGGUUUGAUAAAACAUGCAAGCCGCUAAUCGGCACUAAAGAUUACUUCAUCACGGAUCUCUUCCUACCGUCCAGCGGCGAUAUCAGAGGGUUGCUGUUCGAGAGCAAGAGCCUCAUGCAGACAUUCGUGACCGUGUUCGUCUUGCUGAGUCUCGGGGAGGUUAUGCAGCGGCCGACAAUGUCUCUGACUGAUACAGCCACCUUGAAUGAACUUGGGGAGCAGUCUUGGGAUCGGUAUGGAUGGCAGAGGUCAUUCGGCUCGGCUGGCUUUGCCGUAUAUUCAAUAGCUAUAGCGUUCGUCAUCAGUGUUCUUCGAUUCCCACACAUCAUCUGUGGUAUCGAGAUCGAAGUAAUCGAUUAUCGGAUCUGUACCGUAACGUUCGGAGGCACCGUUGCCUGUGCUUUCGGUCUACUCUUCGCGUCCUGCUUCAAAUUCAAGUAUUACACAACGGCAGAAUACAAGUUUAGCAACGUCUUGCCAGCAAUCUGCUCCGGCUACUACGGGUCGGUGAUGGCCACUGCGUUUGCCCUAGCAGUGUGCAACGGGUGCGUCUAUGGUUACUUCUUCUGGCAUCUGCGUAAUCUAGGAGCCACAGAGUUCACUGUAGGUCUUAUCCUUGCCAUACGGGCCGGCUCGGAGCUAUUACUUGCCUUUCAUACACCGAGACUCAUACGAUGUUUGGGGCACGUUGAGCUACUCGUCGUGGGUCUCUUGGCGUAUUUUGUCCGGUUCAUUUGCUAUGCUACUAUCGUCAACCCGUGGUUAUUUCUACCCGUUGAAGUUAUACAUGGAAUGUCUAUCGCUCUGACAUGGAAUGUCUUGGUGUGUUUUAUGUGCCGUUCGGUCCCCAUGGAGUGCAUGGCGACGCUGCAGGGAUUCCUAAGCGGAACGUACUUUGGUCUCGGCCAAGGAGUCGGAACUCUCAUCAGUGGCUUUUUGAUAUCAUCUUACGGGGUGUCCAUGACAUUCUACGCUUUCGCAGUCGCCAUCUUGUGUUAUUCAGUCGUUUUCGUCACCAUUUUUAAGAUAUCCAAGCAACCCAAAAGACCCAUGAGUAGCUACCAAAUGAUGCCAUCUUCUUUCAUUCUCUAAACUUAAAGAGGAACUCAUUGAACGUAGAUUCAUGCACAUUUCGGUCCUUUUGACUCUAUGUGGUGUAAUUUUGAGUCGAGUAAUUUUGAGUCGAGUAAUAAACCUAAAUCAAUGUUAAUUGAAUAUAGUUAUAAAGCCACUACGCAAUUAUUUACCAGAGGGUUUGAUAUGCGGUAUCGGCAAGCACAUGCUCCCCACAUAUUUUGACAACAUUUAUUUGGUUCGGACUUGAUUAGCUCUGGGGCAGAAUGAUGGGUCUGGGUACCAAACUUCAGUAAUUGAAGGACAUGCACAGAUUAUGUUUUUAUACAUGUUACGCAAAAUGUUGUAGCCAGUUUUCCCAAACAAUAUUCGGUAUCUGGCAUUAAGUUUUAUUAAAUUAUUUGAAGCUGGAUGUGGAAAAACAUCACAAAAUUGUGUCUUGAAUUUCAUCAAUUUGUGAGUAAGAUUUUAUGUUUAGACUUUAGAGUAUCAGCUUGUCUGGUACCCUUUUUCUUAUUCAUACCGAGAUGGCAAACAUUGAGCUCAUUGGUUGGAUAUAUAUGGUGUUUAUAGUCUGGUGGUUUCCUUUUCACUUAUUGCUUCAGAAAACUGAACCAAAUUAAAAUUUGACUUUGCACACGAUGAUGGUGUGUGUGUGUGUGUUGACAAAGGAUCAAUCUGAAAACUGGCAAUUUUGUCUGAAUUCUGCAAGUUAUUGUGAAACAGGCUUUGAGAAAAAAAGUCACGUGUUUUAUAGUUUUAAGGAAAAAGGGACGAAUGAAUUGAUGCCUUGGAUGACAUAAUAUACCCAGAAAAUUGUCAUAUUAUUUGCCGAGAUGCGUUUGUAUUUGUUUGGAGGGAAACAAAAUCGAUGGGCCCCGGGACUCCCCAUAGCAAACUGGGCCAAAUUAUAGAGCUGCUAAGCACAAACAUUUGCUUAGCAUGAAAUUUUCUUCCUUGAUAAAAAAGUAUUACCACCCAGAUUUCCAUUUGUUCCAUAUUGCUUGUUACUAGUAUUCAGCUCUUGUUUGCUUAUCCUGAAAAUCGCGUGGAAAUUUGGUUGGUAAUC